GCUACAUAGAUAGCUUGAUAGAUGUAUCAUACAGGUUCUUCUUGACUCAUACUCCUGCUUUUGUAAUUUCAUCUUUUUGCUGAUUGGAACUCUCUCAAGAUGUAUUUCAAAAGGGGAAAAUUCAGAGUCCGCAUUUCCCCACUACUGAGUAUCACAGCAAUUUUUUUGGUUUCCAUCCUUUUAUGGAAUUUAUCUGGAUAUACCUUCUGUCAUCGGGAGUCAAAACUUUGUGCCUGUCACAAAUGUCUAACAGACAGUGAUCCUUGGUUUAAUGACAUCAUUAGUGAAUCUCCUAAACCUUUUAUGUCACAGAAACAUAAACCCUCAGAGGAAGAUUUCAACUGGUGGAAGCCCUUACAGGGGGAAAAACAAAACUUCACUGUCUACAAUAAAACACUAGAACGUGUGUUUCAGACAAUAACACCCAUUGCAGAUGUUGAAGAACCUCGCCCUGAUCGCUGCAGGAGUUGUGCAGUGGUGGGGAAUUCUGGAAAUUUGAGAGGAUCUCAGUAUGGACCGCUGAUUGAUUUCCAUGAUAUCGUGAUAAGAAUCAACCGUGGGAGGACCAAAGGUUUUGAAAGAGAUGUUGGAACUAAAACAACUCAUCAUGUCAUGUAUCCAGAAAGUGCUACUAGAUUGGACAACACCACUUAUCUUUUGUUUUUUCCAUUCAAAACACCUGACUUUUUGUGGCUUCUGAAGUCAUUAAUUCCAGGGGAAAAUGGUGCUCCAAACUCUAACAAGAUAGCUAACAAAGAUUUGGUGUCGAUCCUUCAUCCAGCUUUCAUGAAAUAUGUUCAUGAUGUCUGGCUGAGAAAGAAGGCUGCUUAUCCAUCCACUGGCUUUCUUGCUGUUGUUCUAAGCUUAUUAAUGUGUGAUGAGGUUAAUGUCUUUGGGUUUGGAGCAGACAGCGAGGGAAACUGGAGCCAUUACUUUGAAAUCCUUACAGACAAACGGUUAAAAACAGGAGGCCACCCAGGAGAAGAAGAAUAUAAAAUGAUUGUUAAAUUACACAUGAAGAAGAAAAUAUUUUUUUUUAAAGGAUGGUAAUUUCCUUUACUUUUUCAUUUGUCUCCUUAUCAUUUUCAAGUCAUCGUCAGUGAUAACCAUAACUCCUUAAGAAUAUGUAAAUUUAGUUCUUAAAAAAAAAAUCAGUGACCAGCAAAACCAAACAGCAAAAAAUACAAUUACUGAAACUGACACACACGGUUUGGGAUUGUUAGUAAUGAAGACUCAGACCUCAGGAGAUAAACAUCUGUUAAUAGAAUCAUCUGUUAAUCCACUGGUUCCCAAACUGUUUUUUUGGCAGAUAUAGACAAAAUACUGUUACUGUUAAUCUUACUAUCUUGAGUUUUUACACGCUUACAUAUACAC